AUGCUUAGUACACCUAUCCCCGGCGGAGUUUUCCCGCCGCCCACCUCUGCAAUCAAACCUAUCAGCCCAGCUGUAGUGGAAUUAUUGAAAAAUACUGAUCAAAAAAUCUGGAAGGCUGGCUUGGACGGCGAUGAGCGCGAACUGGAUGUCGUAUUUGGCGAGGUUAAGCAGGACGAUUUUUUCGCACCGGGCAUCAGGCCGGAGAUGAUCGACGCAUGUAGCAAGUCGAUAUUCAUUCCAAAGCCAAUAAGACGUACCCAAAGUGAUCCCACGAGCGACGGGGAUGAUGGUGGUGCAGUGGCCCUGAAAAAGGGCGGUACCGGACCCUUUCAAGGUGCUCUGCUGAGCAGGAAGCAACAACUUAAUGGAAUACGAAAUGUGCGCUUCAGGGAAUAUUUAAACAAGUACUUCCCACGUGACAAUGUCAUAAUGCAGCCAAUGGAGCAUAUCAUAGAAGGUAUCCGCAUCACUGAAGGUGCGUGCCCACGCGAGGGUGGAAAGCAGGCCAAUCAGAAGAUGGAGAGUCUGAAACCGCCCAGUCCCACCCACUUGUCAAUUAAGGAAAAGUAUAUGCAAUCGGCUAGCUUGAGUUUUCAAUCCAAUGAAGAGCCUGAGGAGCCAGACAAGGCCGAGGCGGGAGUCAUGGCUCGUAUCCCCAUAGGCGGACGAAAACUCCUGUUAAAGAAGGACUGUACGUUGCUGGACUUAUUGCACUUUUUAAUUUAUAAGUGUACUGCUUGA